GGAUGCCGGCGAAGCCAAGAACCUAGCAAGCUUCAAAGAGAGGCUUGCUGUCUGCCGGAUCGUCCCUCCUGUGUGAUGCCAGGAGAGGCCCUGGGCUCGGGCCGCUGAGAGCCGUGCCAGGGAUUGAGCGUGCCAAUCGCCCGGCCGGCACCAUGGCCCGCCUCGCCCAUGCCCUCUGGAGCCUUUGCAUCACCGCCAUCCUCGUCACCUCAGCCACACAAGGUCUGAGCCGCGCCGGGCUGCCCUUUGGCCUGGUGCGGCGGGAACUGGCCUGCGAGGGCUACCCCAUUGAGUUGCGCUGCCCAGGCAGCGACGUCAUCAUGGUGGAGAACGCCAACUACGGGCGCACGGACGACAAGAUCUGUGAUGCCGACCCCUUCCAGAUGGAGAACGUGCAGUGCUACCUCCCUGAUGCCUUCAAGAUCAUGUCCCAGAGGUGCAAUAACCGGACGCAGUGCGUGGUGGUGGCUGGAUCGGACGCCUUCCCGGACCCCUGCCCUGGAACCUACAAGUACCUGGAGGUCCAGUAUGACUGUGUCCCAUACAAAGUGGAACAAAAAGUAUUCGUUUGCCCGGGGACUCUACAGAAGGUGCUGGAGGCCACUUCCACCCACGAAUCGGAGCAUCAGUCAGGCGCCUGGUGCAAAGACCCACUGCAAGCUGGUGACCGGAUCUACGUCAUGCCGUGGAUUCCCUACCGGACGGACACGCUGACGGAGUACGCCUCGUGGGAGGACUACGUGAGCGCCCGCCACACCACCACUUACCGGCUGCCCAACCGUGUGGACGGCACAGGCUUCGUGGUGUACGACGGGGCCGUCUUCUACAACAAGGAGCGGACCCGGAACAUCAUCAAGUACGACCUGCGGACUCGCAUCAAGAGCGGUGAGACGGUGAUCAACACGGCCAACUACCAUGACACCUCGCCCUACCGCUGGGGGGGCAAGACCGACAUCGACCUGGCUGUGGACGAGAAUGGGCUGUGGGUCAUCUACGCCACCGAGGGCAAUAACGGACGGCUGGUGGUGAGCCAGCUCAACCCCUACACCCUGCGCUUUGAGGGCACCUGGGAGACGGGCUACGACAAACGCUCAGCCUCCAACGCCUUCAUGGUGUGUGGGGUGCUGUACGUGGUGCGCUCCGUCUACGUGGAUGACGACAGCGAGGCCGCCGGCAACCGCGUGGACUACGCCUUCAACACCAACCUCAACCGGGAGGAGCCUGUCUCGCUGGCCUUCCCCAACCCCUACCAGUACAUCUCCUCGGUGGACUACAACCCCCGCGACAACCAGCUCUACGUCUGGAACAACUACUUCGUGGUGCGCUACGCCCUGGAGUUCGGGCCCCCCGACCCCAGCACGGGCCCUGUCACCUCCACACCGCUCAGCACCACCACCACGGUGCGGCCCACCACAGUCACCACCACGGCCUCGCCUGCUGCCACCACCACGGUGCGCAGGGCCCCCCUCACCACCCACCCCAUCGGCGCCAUCAACCAGAAGGGCACGGAGCUGCACCCCAUCACGGCCGCCGUCCCCAGCACCCGCAAGCCCCCCUCCUCCAACCAGCAUGUCUCCCCUGAGCUUUUCUGUGAGCCCAAGGAGGUCAGACGGGUCCAGUGGCCGGCCACGCAGCAGGGCAUGCUGGUGGAGCGGCCCUGCCCCAAGGGCACCAGAGGAAUUGCCUCUUUUCAGUGCCUGCCGGCCCUGGGAAUCUGGAACCCCCGCGGCCCCGACCUCAGCAACUGCACCAGCCCCUGGGUCAACCAGGUGGCACAGAAGAUCAAGAGCGGGGAGAACGCAGCCAACAUCGCCAGUGAGCUGGCGCGGCACACGCGGGGACCCAUCUAUGCCGGCGACGUCAGCUCCUCCGUCAAGCUGAUGGAGCAGCUGCUGGACAUCCUGGACGCCCAGCUGCAGGCACUGCGCCCCAUCGAGAGGGAGUCGGCUGGCAAGAACUACAACAAGAUGCACAAGCGAGAGCGGACCUGUAAAGACUACAUCAAGGCUGUGGUGGAGACCGUGGACAAUCUACUGCGGCCCGAGGCGCUGGAGUCAUGGAAGGACAUGAACGCCACGGAGCAGGUGCACACGGCCACCAUGCUGCUGGACAUCCUGGAGGAGGGCGCCUUCCUGCUGGCCGACAACGUCAAGGAGCCCGCACGCUUCGUCACCACCCGGCAGAACGUGGUGCUGGAGGUGACGGUGCUGAACACGGAGGGCCAGGUGCAGGAGCUGGUCUUCCCGCAGGAGUACGCCAGCGAGAACUCCAUCCAGCUCUCGGCCAAAACCAUCAAGCAGAACAGCCGCAAUGGGGUGGUCAAGGUGGUCUUCAUCCUCUACAACAACCUGGGCUUCUUCCUCUCCACCGAGAAUGCCACAGUCAAGCUGAGCGGGGAGGCGGGCGCUCCCAGCCCCGCCCUGGUCGUCAACUCGCAGGUCAUCGCCGCCUCGAUCAACAAGGAGUCCAGCCGUGUCUUCCUCAUGGACCCCGUCAUCUUCACCCUCUCCCACCUGGAGGCGAAGAACCACUUCAACGCCAACUGCUCCUUCUGGAACUACUCGGAGCGCUCCAUGAUGGGCUACUGGUCGACGCAGGGCUGCCGCCUGGUGGAGACCAACAAGACACACACGACCUGCGCCUGCAGCCACCUCACCAACUUCGCGGUGCUCAUGGCGCACCGUGAGAUCUACCAGGGCCGCAUCAAUGAGCUGCUGCUGUCAGUGAUCACCUGGGUGGGCAUCGUCAUCUCGCUGGUGUGCCUGGCCAUCUGCAUCUCCACCUUCUGCUUCCUGCGCGGGCUGCAGACCGACCGCAACACCAUCCACAAGAACCUCUGCAUCAGCCUCUUCCUUGCUGAGCUCCUCUUCCUCAUCGGCAUCGACAAGACGCAGUAUGAGAUCGCCUGCCCCAUCUUUGCGGGGCUGCUGCAUUACUUUUUCCUGGCAGCCUUCUCCUGGAUGUGCCUGGAGGGUGUGCACCUCUACCUCAUGCUAGUGGAGGUCUUCGAGAGCGAGUACUCCCGCAAGAAAUACUACUACCUGGGUGGCUACUGCUUCCCGGCCCUCGUGGUGGGCAUCGCCGCCGCCAUCGACUACCGCAGCUACGGCACAGACAAGGCCUGCUGGCUCCGAGUGGACAAUUACUUCAUCUGGAGCUUCAUUGGCCCUGUUUCCUUCAUUAUCGUGGUCAACCUGCUCUUCCUCAUGAUCACACUGCACAAGAUGAGCCGCAGCACAGCCGUGCUCAAGCCCGACUCCAGCCGCCUGGACAACAUCAAGUCCUGGGCGCUGGGUGCCAUUGCUCUCCUCUUCCUCUUGGGACUCACCUGGGCCUUUGGCCUCCUAUUCAUCAACAAGGAGUCCAUCAUCAUGGCCUAUCUCUUCACCACCUUCAACGCCUUCCAGGGCAUGUUCAUCUUCAUCUUCCACUGUGCCCUGCAGAAGAAGGUGCACAGGGAGUUCAGUAAAUGUCUGCGUCACGCAUCCUGCUGCCUGCGCAGCUCCCCAGGGGCCACACUCGGCUCCCUCAAGACUUCAGCCAUUCGGAGCAACAACCGCUACUACACAGGCACGCAGAGUCGGAUCCGGAGAAUGUGGAACGACACCGUCCGGAAACAGACAGAGUCAAGCUUCAUGGCGGGGGAUAUCAACAGCACCCCCACCCUAAACCGAGGGACCAUGGGGAACCACCUGCUGACCAACCCGGUGCUGCAGACCCGGGGAGGCACCAGCCCCUACAACACCCUCAUCGCCGAGUCCGUGGGCUUCAACCCCUCCUCGCCCCCCGUCUUCAACUCCCCAGGGAGCUUCCGAGAGUCCAAGCACCCCAUGAACAACAGCCGGGACGCCUGCGGCAUGGACACCCUGCCCCUCAAUGGCAACUUCAACAACAGCUACUCCCUCCGCAGUGCUGACUUCCCGGCCGAAGGCGCCAAGAUGGCCGACUGCCGGCGCAACCUCAGCGACGCCGCCGCCUUCGAGAAGAUGAUCAUCUCGGAGCUGGUGCACAACAACCUACGCGGGGGCGCCGGCGGCACGGCCAAGGGGGCGCCCCCUACAGGAGGGGCCGGCCCGGCCGAGCCCAGCAACCCCUCCUGCCCACCUGCCCCCCCCAGCGGCGGUGGGCCUGGCGAGGAGGAGGCAGCGGCGCCCGAGGGCCCGGCCCUGAGCCACGAGGAGAACCUGGAGAUCGAACUCAUGUACAAGGCCCUGGAGGAGCCGCUGCUGCUGCAACGGGCUCAGUCGAUCCUCUACCAGAGCGACCUGGAGGAGUCCGAGAGCUGCACGGCCGACCUGACUGAGGGCGGAGACGGCCAGGCCCCCUCUCCCAACAGGGACUCCUUGUACACCAGUAUGACCAACCUGAGAGACUCCCCUUACCCGGACAGCAGCCCUGAGGCGGUGGGGGAAAUCCUCCCCCACACCCAAGCCAUCAACGAAAUCUACUACACCAACCGGCCUGCCCUGGUGCCCCGCAGCCAGCUCCAAGCCUACUACCAGGUCCGGAGACCGAGCACUGACGGCUACUUGGUUCAAGCCGGCUUAGAGGGCCCAGUGCCAGAGGGAGACGGUCAAAUGCAGCUGGUGACCAGUCUCUGAAAGCCAGGAGCGGACUGAGGAGCCGUCCCAAGCCGUCGACUCUCCUCCCACCUCAUCCCACCUUUGCCAAAAGGAGCCCCUCUCCCCAGGCCAUGGCCUGGCCUUUUUAAUUUUUGCUCUGGGAUGCUGAGAGAGAGAAGGGUGGGGCGCUGCAGAAGGACACAGGCCAGGGGAAGAAAGAGAGGUGGUGUGAAUCUCCUCUGGGAAGGGGGGCCAUCUUGUCUAGCUUCCUCCUGCCCACCUGGUGGAGACAGGAGGGUGGAAAUCGGGUGGGGGGGGGUGCGAUUUCUGUUUUUGAAGGGAAGGAAAGGAAGGAGGAGGGGCGGGAAGGAAGGAAUGAAAAAGGCACUGGGCUGGACACAGGAUCUCAAUGUUUUGUUUUUUAAGGUCGUCCCUCUUCCGUUUCUUUACGUUGGUUUUGUGGGGAGAGAAGAUCAAAAAGAAGUGGAGCAGGGAAACCAAUUUUCUUUUUAAGGCAUGUUAAGAAACAGAUCAGAACCAUAGGGGAGGGGCCGGCUGGGCCUGUAUCAGAGUCCCAGAACAACCCCCACACACACACUGGCACCCACAUAUAGGCCAUCCCUGCUCCCUCAUGUAUGCACCUUGGUGAUGUUAAAGAGGGAUCCGAUUGGUCCAGAGAGGGGCGGAUGGAGCAUCCUCCUAUGGCCUCCACUGUCUUCUAGACGAACUUUGCCAAAAACCAUAAUCUGUAUAAAUAUAUAGAGAAUUAUAAAGAGAGAGCUAUAUCGAGAGAGAGAGAGAGGUGGGGGUGGGGAUUGUUUGGGGUCUGGAUAGAAAUUAUGUUGAAUCCGGUGCUGACCUUCCAGUAUUUGUCAGCUGGGGGGAACUGAGGCACGGUGGAGAAGGGACUCUUAAACUCACUCAUUGACAGGGUUUUGAGUUCAGUUCUUUUUUAAUGCCAAGCCAUCAGCAAAGUCCGCAGGAGACCGGGGCAGGGGUGCAUUUUUUUUUCUUUCAAAAGCAUCCUGGGCACCAGGAAGGGCUGAUGCACAACCUUGUUUCCAGCGGAGGAGGAGAUGGUGCUGAGGUGGCCGUCUUUGAUUUGGAUUUUUGUUUUCCUUUGCUGUGUGGCGCACGCACACACAUACCCUGCCUUUCACAGCUCACAAAUCAAACACACAUCACCACCCUGCUCCGGGAGCUAGCAGAGGAAACUGGGAGCCGAGGGGUUCUUCCUGGGCCGUCGGUGUAAUUGUUCAAUAUGCAUUCUCCACUCUCACCCGCCGCUGCCCUGCUGCCGCCACUUUGGUCACGACGCUCACGUCAUUUUCCUAUGGCUCAAUGGGAAGCUCGGAAACUUCUGCAGCUCUCGCCCCUUCUGCGUUUUCCAGCUCUGCUUUUAUUUCCUCCUCUGAAGACAUGCAGAAGUCAGGUGCCUCAUGGGAGCUGCUUUCUGAACCCGGUUGGGUCAAGAUGAGGGUGGGGAGGACUUUGGGGGGAGGGGGCAAUUUGACAAUUGAACCAUUUUCCCCUCCAAAUCAGUCGGAUCAUCUUCGAGCAAAAGAACAACAGAAACCCAAAUGGCACUUUUUUUUUUUCUUUCAAAGGACAAAACAACAAAAAACAAAAAUUUCUCCCUUUUCAAGCACAACUCUGAAUUCUCUCACCCUCUUCUUCUUGAGAGAGACCAUGGGAGCCAAUAUCACAUGAAUAUGUCAUUUCGCCGG